UGAAGAAUCGCAUCCAAACAUUAGUCUCCUUAAUUUGUUCUAUGCAACAGCAAACUGGCAUCUACGUCUCCUCUCCAUCCUGCUGGGUCUGUCCGUCGUAGCCUACAUGAGUUACCUGAGCGUCCUUGCCAGCCAAGACGCAGCCAGGGACGCCUCUUGGACCCGUGCCGCCCCUCGCCCCUGCGGCAGCGCCUGCUCCGUGGAGGAAUCGCCUCAUUUCCUCAUCCACACCCCCGGCUGCGUCAUUCCGGACAUAGACCCGGAUCAUCCUAGCAUUGCAAAGUAUCGAGGCAAACCGCAAGAAAUGGUGUGCUCGACGAAGCGGCCCCUCACGGCUACGGAUGGCCUCGCCUUGGUCCUACUCGAGGAUAACCUUGAGGAUUACGGCGUUUCCUCAAGGUCGUCCUUUCGAUGCGGGUAUCAGGGCAUCGUGCGGGUCGAGCAGGAUCCUAAGAAAUAUAAUGCUGCUUGUGAUAAGAUGUCUGAGCUGCGGAAGACCACGCCCCUCGAGGCCAGACGGACGCUGACGGGAGAAGACGGUGUUCUGGUCACCUGCUGGUAUAAGAACAACACGAUUUACCAAAACGUACAUUACUUCAUCCAGCCUCGUAGAUCUCAGCGGAAGAGAGAAGCGUUUAAGAAAACACACGGGCAGCGGGGCACGCGGCCGGAGCAGCUGAGCGUCGCAAUCGUGGGUACAGAUGCAGUGGCCAGAGGAAACCUGCGUCGCCACAUGCCGAAGACGUUCCGUUUCCUGCGGGAGGAGCUGGACGCCAUCGACCUCAGUGGCUACGUGAAGGUGGCCGACAACACGGACCCGAACAUGUACGCGGUGCUGAUGGGUCUCACGCCCGAGGAAUUCAAGCGGCACAAGUGCAGGCCCAAGCAACGGGCCAAGUACGACGACUGCCCGCUGAUCUUCAAGAAUUUCUCCCAGGCGGGGUACGUCACAGCCUUCGCGGAGGACGCGCCCUGGAUGGGGAUCUUCCACUACAACCAAGUCGGAUUCGUGAAGGAGCCCACGGACUACUACAACAGGCCGUACUUCCAAGUGUCCGAGAAGUACAUCAGCCACAACGGCCAGUACGGCUCCUCCAACGGCAGGCUGUGUCAAGGGGGGACUCCCAGCAUCACGGUCAUUCACAACUACUCCUUAGCCCUGGCGGAGGCGCACCGAGACGUCCCUUACUUCGGCCUUUACUGGAACGCCGCCGUGACGCACGACUACCUGAAAUUGGCGACCAUGGCUGACACGCCGUCGCUGAAGUACCUGAAGGAGUUUCGCGACAGAGGCUAUAACCAAAACACGGUUCUGUUCUUCAUCAGUGACCACGGACUCAGGUGGGGCGCCUUUCGCUCGACGUACGCCGGAAUGCUGGAGGAAAGGAUGCCGUUCCUCUUUGCCGUGUUUCCUCCGUGGUUCAAGGAGGAGUACCCGGACGCCUGGAGAAACAUGAAGAAGAACACCAAGAGGUUAACUUCCACCUUUGACCUUCACGCGACGCUGUUCGACAUUCUGAAUCGAGCCUACGCCGACAUGACGAGGACGUACAGCGGCGCUCACGGCCUCAGCCUCUUCCGCGAGAUGCCCCUCAACCGCACCUGCGAAGACGCCUCUAUACCCGAACACUACUGCGCGUGCGAGCAUUCCGAAGACGCCGAUCCGCGAGACCCGAAGUUGAAGGAAGUUGCUGGGUUCUUGGUCUCGAAGCUGAACUCGGGGCUGAGGAAGUUCCCGCAGUGUGUGCAGUUGGAGCUAGAUACGGUACUAGGAGGUCGAACCGGCUCGGCGAGAAACAGCACGACACCCAAAGGUCUCAAUAGUAUCAUCAGUACGUAUCUGGUGACCUUUCAGACCAAACCAGGAGGAGCGAGACUCGAAGCCACAGUCAGGGAACACGACGACACGUUCGAACUCGUAGCCGAAGUCUCCCGAACGAACAAGUAUGGCGACCAGAGCCACUGCGUCACGGAUUUCGUUUACAGGAAAUAUUGUUAUUGUAAAGAUCUCUUGACAAACAGUUUAAGUGAAAAUAAUGAUAAUAAUAAUGGGGUGAAAAUGAUAUAAUCUUAAUGUUAUUUUAUUUUAUUUAUUUAUUUAUUUUUUAUCGUAAAGAUUUGUUGACUAUUUAACACACAGGAAAUAGACAAUGUACAAUUGGGAAAGUACGGAAAAUGAUUAAGAAAUAAGAAAAAAUAUAUGAAAACGAUAAAACAAUUUAGACAAUUGUGUAAGAUAAUGACUAGUGAUUGCCUUACUGAAUCGUCCGUCCGUUGCAAAAUAUGAUUUCUUAACGAGUCUGAAACGAUGUUUGUAAUACGCAAAAAAAUAAAUAAUUCGAAUUUGUU